AUGGAUCAUCCAUUCAGUCACAGACGGACGUCUCCAGCUCCAGAUUCACCUUCAGUUGGGCCAAAAACUAUCAAUUUGAGUAUAGCGGAGAGACAAUGCAUUUGUGCCAGCUGGGAGAAAGCAUCAACUCAGUCUGAUAUCGGAUGCGAACUUGUUGCCCGACUUCUCAAUGAUAACAGAACUCGCUUCCGUGCACUUUUAGAGUGCAAAUCAGGAAGCUUCUUGGGAAGUGGAAACUACACAACAGAAGAUGUCAACGGAAUGAAAAGAGCAAGAUCAGUUGCCGAUGGAGUUAAUUGUUUCUUCAAUAAGGUUAUCUCAAAACUGAUGGACACAAACUAUGUCGAAGAGAUUCAGGAUCUCUCACUUCAACUCGGUGCAAUGCAUUUCAGAAUGAAAGUUUGGUUUCAGGCGGAGAACUGGCUCUGCGUCAAGAAUUGUCUUCUUGAUUCAGUUGUGUCGGCUCUUCUGAAAGACGUGAAAGGAACCUACGUCAUCUGUGGAGGUCUCAAGAAGGUUCAGACCGUAGAGAAGCACACAACUCACGCUUGGUUCAAGUUUGUUCAGUUUAUCAUUCAGAACAUGAAAAAGGGAUUUCUGGCUGAAGCCCUCAAUUCUGACUCUCAUCAGCCACCAAAAACUGAAUGUGCUUCUCCGUGUUCAUCAGCCAAAGAAUCUCGAUCAGCCAAGAAAGCAAUCGCCUUUGCAAUGUGCUCUGGGCGACCAGAAAAACCAACUGGAAUGGCUGAUGGGUUAGCACCCAUGUCGUCGUAG